AUGGAUUCCACUAAUGGAUAUGUUUUGGGUGAUGAAGAAAGCCAGAAUAUUUCCUUUGCAAGUAGUAACAAAAUUCAACCUUUCAUUUCUACACAAAAGUAUAACUUAGAUGACGAAAAGAAGAAGUAUACUUCUCUCACACUGGCUGAAAGGCUGGGCUUGCCUGACUUCUUCUCUUUGGAUGUUUGGCGAGCAUCAGUUGGAGAGCUUUUAGGCAGUGCGGUUCUUGUGUUUAUGUUGGAUACCAUUGUGAUUUCUACCCUUGAAAGUGAUGUCAAAAUGCCAAAUUUGAUAAUGUCAUUUCUCAUAGCAAUUACACUCACCAUUCUAAUCCUCGCCGUAUUUCCUGUGUCCGGAGGCCACAUUAGCCCUGUCAUUUCCUUCUCCUCUGCUCUUGUUGGACUAAUUUCAAUGUCACGAGCCAUAAUUUACAUAACAGCACAGUGUCUUGGUGCUAUUUUAGGUGCACUUGCACUCAAAGCUGUGGUGAGUAGUACCAUUGAACAGAGAUUCUCUCUUGGUGGUUGUACCAUUACGGUAAUCACACCAGGGACCAAUGGGCCAGCCACUGUGGGCUUGGAGAUAGCCCAAGCAUUUUGGCUCGAGUUUUUAUGCACAUUUGCUCUACUUUUUGGGUCACUUUGGAUGGCCUAUGAUCAUCGCCAGUCCAAGAAACUUGGGCUUAUUAGUGUUAUGUCCAUUGUUGGGCUUUUAGCGGGCCUUCUUGUGUUUAUUUCAACUACAGUUACUGCUAAAAAGGGCUAUGCUGGAGCUGGAAUGAAUCCAGCUAGGUGUUUUGGAGCUGCAAUUGUAAGAGGAGGCCAUCUCUGGAAUGGGCAUUGGAUCUUUUGGGUUGGGCCUGGGCUAGCUUGUUUUGCUUUCUACUUUUAUACAAAGAUCAUUCCUCGGAAUCAUUUCCAUGCUGAUGGAUACAAGCAUGAUUUCUUAGCUAUAAUUGAGGCUUUGUUUCGAUCUGAGGUAUAA